AUGAGGCGAGAAACGGUAGGAAAAACUCGAAGCCUCUGCGUUUUCACGUUCAGGACAUCACCAGCUGUGCGUACAUACUUGAGGCUUAAAAGGAAGUGUAACCAUUAUAAUAUUUCUCGUCGUUCCUUCACUUUCUCACAAGCCAAACAGAGGUGGCAAGUGUGGCAGAAACAGAAAUCAGUGAGUGAGCGGAUGGGCGUCAAGUUCAUUUUCACGAUUUUCUUGCUGGAAAUUACUUUCCUGCUGGCGAACUCCGAGCCAGCAGAAGAUAAACAAGCCUUGCUUGAUUUCGUCCAGAGCGUUUCUCACUCCCGUGGCAUCAAUUGGGAUGAAAACUCUUCAGUGUGCGCGAACUGGAUUGGAGUGACCUGCAAUCACGAUAAAUCAAGGGUUAUAGCCGUUAGAUUACCUGGAUUUGGCUUUCGCGGCUCGCUUCCUCCCAACACUCUGAGCCGAUUAUCAGCGCUUCAGAUCUUAAUCCUGAAAAACAACGGCAUUUCAGGUCCUUUCCCUUCUGAUUUCUCCAAACUCGUAAACCUUAAUGCCUGUCUCUUCAAUCCAAUGAUUUUUCUGAAUCUAUCUAUCAUUAAUUUGUCAGAUAACGGUUUUAACGGAAGCAUCCCUUCUUCAAUUGCAAAUUUAAGUCGUUUAUCAGCUCUGAAUCUGUCUAACAAUACAUUUUCUGGUGAAAUCCCUGACCUGCCUAUCCCUAGCCUGCACGUAUUAGAUCUAUCCAAGAACAAUCUCACUGGUACUGUGCCUCAGUCUCUUAAAAGGUUUCCAAGUUGGGCAUUCUUGGGUAAUCAUCUUUCUAUUGACAAUUCAGCCCCUCAAGUUUCUCCAAUGGUUCCAACCAACGAUCACCCUCCAAAGAAAUCCAAAAAACUCAGUGAACCUGUUAUGUUGGGGAUCAUAAUUGGUGGUUGCGCACUGGGGUUUGUGGUGCUUGCUGUUCUGCUGAUUGUUUGCUACUCAAACAAAAAUGAUGAAAAUGAAAUUGAAAUCUCUGCCAAGUUCCAGAAGAAAGGAGGGUUAGCAAAGAAAGCAGUUUCCGGGAGCCAUGAUAGGAAUGGAAGGCUUGUGUUCUUUGAGGGCUGCAAUCUUGCAUUUGAUUUGGAAGAUUUAUUGAGAGCGUCUGCUGAGGUGCUGGGCAAGGGCACAUUUGGCACGUCGUAUAAGGCAGCUCUAGAGGAUGCAACAACUGUGGUGGUGAAGAGGUUGAAGGAAGUGAGUGUGGCAAGGCGGGAGUUUGAGCAGCAGAUGGAGGUUGUUGGAAAUAUCAGACAUGAUAAUAUAGCUGCACUACGAGCUUAUUACUAUUCGAAAGAUGAAAAGCUCAUGGUCUCUGACUACUUCAGUCAGGGGAGUGUGUCUUCAAUGUUGCAUGCCAAAAGAGGUGAGAAUCGGACUCCUCUUGGUUGGGAAACUCGUCUCAGAAUAGCAAUUGGUGCAGCUAGAGGAAUUGCUCAUAUCCACUCACAACUUGGUGGGAAGCUUGUCCAUGGAAACAUAAAAUCCUCUAACAUCUUCCUCAACUCUCAUGGUUAUGGCUGUGUCUCCGACCUAGAGCUAUUGAGGUUUCCAAAUAUAGAAGAAGAAAUGGUUGAAAUGUUACAAAUAGGGUUGGCUUGUGCAACUAGAAUUCCUGACCAGAGACCAAAAAUGGCAGAUGUGUUAAGAAGGGUUGAGGACAUCCGGCAAUCGGAAGGCUCAACGCCGGCACUGACGCCGCCGGUGACUGAAAUAGGGUCCUCUUCUACUGCAAAUUGA